AAACAUACAAAUACUCAAAAUAAAUCCAUGUGCCUUAAUCGAAUCCGGGCAAUUAAACAGGUGAUACGUAUAUAUUUUUUGUGAGCGGAAGGAAUAUACAGUAAAUCGAUAAAGAAAAGCUUCAUAAUGAGUUAAAAUCCAACGGGAUGACAAUGACAUAAAGUACCAUCCAACAAAUAAUAUGAUAUACCUCAAAAUACCGAUAUUGAAGAACUUCAAUUUAUGAAAACUAUAAACGAUCAGAUGUGGUUUACCAAUAAAAACUUCAUUAGUUUUGGAAAAUAAGCUAAUUUGAAAUAAUACUUCAAUUUAAUCUAUAAAUAUUGUAUAUAUGUAUAAGCACACAUGUAAAUAUCUUGAUUCAUUCUGCACAACUUUAUGUGAAUAUGACAAUCUUCAUAUCUUCUUAAAAUAAUAAGAACUGCAGGACUUUGUGCGGCAAGGCAUGCCAUCAGCCAGAAUAUAAAACCUAUUGUUGUGGAACAGGGAGCUGAAAUAGGUGGAACAUGGGUAUACAGAGAUGAAACCGGAACAGAUGAAUUUGGAUAUGACAUACAUAGUAGCAUGUAUUAUGGUCUGAGAACAAAUUUACCUAAGGAAAUUAUGGGUUAUCCAGAUUUUCCCAUAGAAGAAUGCGAUGUUUCAUAUGUAACAUCAGAAACUAUAAAACAGUUUUUAAAUGACUAUGCGAAUAAGUUCAAUUUAUUGAAAUACAUUAAAUUUUUGCAUUCCGUGAUAAGAGUAAUACCUUUCAAAGCCGGAUGGCAGGUAUUAAUUAGCUCUUUGACUGAUAAAAGUGUGCAUAAAUAUUUCUUCGACAAUAUAAUGAUAUGCACUGGACACUAUCACACACCUUCAUAUCCAAUAUAUGUAGGAGCAGAACUAUUCACAGGUCUUCAGUUGCACAGUCAUGACUUCAGAAGACCAGAAAUGUUUAAAGGACAAAAAGUUCUAAUUGUAGGAGCUGGCCCAAGUGGCAUGGAUUUAUGUCACAAAAUUUCAAAACAUGCUGAAAGUGUCACUUUAAGCCAUCAUAUCGUUGAUCAACCAAAAACAAAAUUUUUGGGCAAUGUCAAUCAAAAGCCCGACAUAAAAAAAUUGGAUAAAAAUGGAGCAUACUUUGUUGAUGACUCCUAUGAUAAUUUCAACAUAAUAUUUUAUUGCACUGGUUAUAAAUAUAGUUUCCCUUUCCUUAGUAUUGAUUGCGGGAUUUAUGUUGAUGAAAAUUAUGUUAAUAAUUUAUAUAAACAUUGUAUAAACAUUCAAUAUCCCACAAUGUCUUUUAUUGGGAUACCGUUCUAUGUGUGUGCUUCUCAAAUGAUGGAUAUUCAGAGUAGAUUCGUUUUAAAAUAUAUGACUGGCGAAAAACUGUUGCCAACAGUCACGGAUAUGCUAGUUGAUAUGGAAAAAGAAAUGCAAAGCCGAUGGAAGAAAGGAUAUAAAAAGCGACAGGCACAUCUAUUGGGCUAUCAACAGAUGGAGUAUUUCACAGAUUUAGCAGAAACAGCAGAAGUAACCAAUAUAAAGGAAGUUAUGGCAAAAUUACACAAUGAGAGUAGUGAACGAUUUCUUGAUGAUUUGCUACAUUUCCGUGAAGAUAAAUUCAAAUUAAUUGAUGACUUUACAUUCAUUAAGUAUAAUUAAACUCUUUAA